AAAAUAAAAAUUAAGUUUAUUUACAUGCCUGCAUUCAUAACAAAGGAUUUUGACCCCUGGGCUAGAGGUGGAGGAUUUCCGGGGAGGUUCUCUGGGCUGAGUCCUCCUUUUCCUUUCCUCUGCUCAGACCACCCAGGCAAGCCACCUCUCAGCACCAACAUCCCCACUGGGGUUUUUCCCAUCCUUGGCACCUUCACCUGUCAGGCCUAGAGGAGAGAAAGAGGCAACCACUAGGGCUGUCUGAAGUGACAAAGCUUCAGGUUGGACUUGAAUUUCUUGCAGCUAGGCUAAUUGGUUGUGCUGAUGCGUCCACCUAUAAAAAUCAGAGUGGUUUACGCAGGGACAGUGCAUCUGUUGGCAGCAGUGGAAGGGAGGAGAGCUCUUCUCAGCGGGUUCCAGCAAACUGGGGCUCAGAGGACCAGCCUCUCUCACUGUUUCCUGAGCCUGAUUCUUCUCGGCCAUCACCUCCCCACUGCCCUAUGGCGGCUGACACGGGCCUCUCCUUCAUGUACCGCUGGUUCAAGAACUGCAAUCUGGUCUGCAACCUCUCGGACAAGUAUGUCUUCAUCACAGGCUGUGACUCUGGCUUCGGGAACCUCCUGGCCAGGCAGCUGGUUGAUCGGGGUAUGCGGGUGCUGGCUGCUUGCUAUACUGAGGAGGGGGCCUGGAAGCUUCGGCAGGAUACUGCCUACCGGCUGCAGACCACACUGCUGGAUGUCACCAAGACUGAGAGCAUCCGGGCGGCGGCCCAGUGGGUGAGGGACCAAGUGGGUGAGCAAGGCCUCUGGGCCCUGGUGAACAAUGCUGGUGUGGGCCUGCCCGGUGGCCCCAAUGAAUGGCUGACCAAAGAGGACUUUGUGAAGGUGAUCAAUGUGAACCUGGUGGGACUGAUCGAUGUGACCCUCCAUAUGCUGCCCAUGGUCAAGAAAGCCCGGGGCAGGGUCAUCAAUAUGUCCAGCUCUGGUGGUCGUGUGGCCGUCAUUGGUGGCGGCUACUGUGUCUCCAAGUUCGGCGUCGAGGCCUUCUCUGACAGCAUCAGGCGUGAGCUCCACUACUUCGGGGUGAAAGUCUGCAUCAUUGAGCCAGGGAACUACCGGACAUCCAUUCUGGGCAAGGAGGGCCUGGAGGGGCAUGUGCGCAAGCUAUGGAAGCGCCUGCCCCAGGAGACGCGCGAGAGCUAUGGCGAGGAGUACUUCCGUAACUAUACUGCCAAGGUAAGAAACGUGGCGCAGUCGGCAGAGCCAAGGAUCAGAGAAGUCACCAACAGCAUGGAACAUGCCAUUGUUUCCCGGAGCCCUCGCAUCCGCUACAACCCCGGCCUGGAUGCCAAACUCCUCUACCUCCCCUUGGCUAAGUUGCCCACCCCUGUGACAGACUUCAUCCUGAGCCGGUACCUUCCAAAGCCAGCAGACAGCGUCUGAGCAGGGGAAGCCCAAGGGGUGGUCAGUGGAGUAUAGAGGAGGGAGCGGAGUAUAGUGGAGGGGGAGAGAAGGCACUGUUGGGUCACAAAGGUUGUACCAGAUGUUCUUGGGGGACGCUCUGCUUGGCUGACACCCUACUCGCUGCUGGUGAAUUUCUGGGUAACUUCUAACAGAAGAUGAAUGCCUCGUUCCACUCACUGGGGCCUCACAGAAACUUGAGGUGGUCUUUGCAGGUUCAAAGACCUGAAGCAUGGCCCCAAGAGCAUCUGUCACCCUGUUAGGAUAUGGCUUUCUCCAGACCUGGAAACGUCAAGGAGAGGAAAACUAGCUCCUGCUGGACCGUGAGCCUCUCUCCAUUGUCACCGCCACUGGGAACCUUGGUGGGGUAAUCCACCCCAGGAGAGCUGAACCACUUUUCUGUUGUGUCUCCAAAUAUGCAUUAACCUCAUUCACAUAACCCAUUAUUUGGAGUAUGCAGAAAACGGAGUGCAAGAUUAUAUCAGGCAAAAGUUUAUAAUUGUAUUUUCUCUCUCUUUUAUGGAUUUCUCUAUCCAUAGGUGAUUGGAAUUCACAUGAAAUAACAUUCAUUUAUUUAAUUAUCAUUGAUUAAUUCUUCAAGUAUUUGUUGAGUGCCUGCUACACACCAGGUAUUGUGUAGGUGCUGGAAGGAUAUAAAGAUGAUUGAAUCAUGGUCUUGGUUUUUUACUCUUUAA